AUGAACUCUCAAAGCAAAUCAACAUCUCUAUCAUCUGAUCUGAAUAAUUUCAUAUAUGGUGUAUCACGGAGAAGUUCACAGAAUGCACCUGAGCUAACAAAAAUCGGGAUAAAUCUUCUCAAGAAUUUUCCUGCAGCUCGCGAUGCAGUGCUGGAGUAUUUUGCCAUGGUUUUUCAUGAUGCAGUUAAUGUUUCCUUAAAUCAAUCAGACUAUGAGGCUGAUAUCAAUACAAAUGGUUCUCUAGAGAGUGUCAGUAUGAUUGGGCCUGAGUUAUGCAGUUUAGGCCAGUCAUGGGCACCUUUUAUAGCUCCUUGGUGCAUUAGUUUGAUAAUGGAUAUUGCUACUAAGAAAUCAAAUAUACCUAAUGCAACUUUACAAAGCACAGAACCUGUUCGAGUACUGUUGGAUAUGACGACACAAAACCUUACAUUACUUAAUUCUGAUGAGAGAGCUAAAUGUAUUGAUAUGAUGUUAGGGUCGUGGCAGUGUUCAUGGGCGGUGGGAUGGGUGGGUCGUGCGGAGCCAGCGUUAGUGGCGCCUCGUGCGUUGGCGCUACCGCCAGACGCGGCGCGCGCCGUCUUCGCUCAUCUCGCCAAUCAUCCGCCGGCACUGGCUCACGUCCGCGCUGCCCUUGUCGAUAUGUUCCAUGAAGCGAUCAAGGAAGACAGUAAACCAGAAAAAAGGCGAGAAGUGAUUCCUUAUUUACUCAAUUUGGCAUCCAAAUCGGACAUAGUGCUGAAGGCACUCACACAAGAUAUUGAAGUUACGUUGAGCGAGUCGGUGCUGGAGCGCGUGAGCGCGGUGUGCGCGGCGCAGCGCCACAGCGGCGCGUGGGAGGGCGUGGGCCCCGGCGCGCUGGUGGCGCUGCUGCUGCGCGCCGACGUGCGCUGCCUGCUGCUGCUGCUGCAAUGCGCGCCCACGUACCUCUACUGCCGACAGCUGCUGGAAUACCUUCUCCAAAAACUGGAGUAUGAGAGUCUGUUCUCCGACAAAAACAUACCUUUGCUGACGAGUGCCGCUGAAGAGUCUGAUUUGGUGCGUGAGAAACUGUUGACCGGGAACCAGCUCGAGCGUUACUCGCUCGCCAGAGUACUCAUAUUAGUCGGUUACAAUUUGCCAUCUGAAUUUGUAAGCACGAUCAGCUACUUGCUGCAGCACUCCCGAGACGACGCGACACUCGCCAUGUUAGUUAGAAUAAUAUCAGGCACAAUCACUAUGCACAUACCGAACGAUUCUCCAGACAUAAAUAUGGACACAGAACGACAUCAGAACUAUAUAAAGACGGGCGUAGAAUACGCUUUGAGAGACGCCAUGAUAUCUGAUACGGAGAUCAAGAGAUACUUCAUAGAGGAUAACUUGCCGAAGGACCAGAAGACGUAUUUACAUUAUUACUGCUUGAAUAUCAUCAAGCUGCUUAGAUGGGAGAAUUCCAACCGCGUCGGACAUUUACGGACUCGUCCGAUCGGUCGGGCUGUUGAAGCUAGUCUAUACCGUAUUGGCGGCGCUCUCCAAGAGUACGCGUCCUUAUUGCGCGUCCGUCCUGAAUGCACUAUGGCGUCACUAGAUGAAAUGCCCACCUGUCACGCACUCGCUGAGGUGCUGGAUAGAGUGGACAUGUCAGGGACUAAGGCUCCACCCCCUAGUGUGGAGGUCAUCUUGAAAGUUGUGCAAGCGACGGUCAAAUAUUUCUUCAGAUGUUUACAUGAAAAAGACAUAAUGGACAAACUUCGGGGUGUGCAAACAGCUUGCCGCCUCUUGCGUAAGCUCUGCAUUCAUAGUAAACUAGCUCGCGCCGUGGCUUUACGCGAUCUGCUCGAGACAGCGAUGUUUAGAGAAGAGAAAGCUUUCGGCAGCCGCUCUGUGGUGGCUAACACGGUCACAUCGAAUAAAGACUGGGCUAACGAAGAAUUGUUGAUACAUUUGAAUCAGAAGCACGGUCCAAUCACACAGCUGACUCAGAGUCACACGUCAGUGUUUCAUGCUGGUAUCAUCGGUAAAGGAGUGAGGAAACAAAACGGCACAGAUAAUGGCAACGGAAUCCCACCAAUUCUCACUACCAAUAAUGAGUUGCUGAUGGCCGCCCUUAUGUCCUGUAUGGAUGGUAACAGCGGUGUAGUCGAAGGUGCGACAUCAGUAUCAUUGCUUUUGGUCGAGUUGGUAUCGCCAGAUGUCAUGUACAACGGUUUGCCGUGGCCAGACGAAGAUUUCACUAAGCAAGUGAGCAUCGAGCGCGAGUUGUACAUGCGCGGCGCGCUGGAGGGGUGCGCGGUGGCGCGCGCGGCGCUGCGGCGGGCGGCGGGCGCGCGCCCCGCGCUGUGCCUCGCCUCCGCACUGCUGCGCGCCGCCGCCGCCACGCUGCUGCACCGCCACCGCGCGCUGCUCGAUCGACAUUCCCAGUCGGCAGAGAUGGCCCGUGAGAGGGCGGCGCUAGCGGAACUGCUCGCUACUAUGACUCUUGGACAACUUCUGCCGCAUCCGCUCAGUCAUAUGUUGGAAUUAGCACCGGAGCUCACUGCAAGCGAGAUCGUGCAAGUACUACGUGAUUGUCUAUGGAACUAUACGCGUGACCACGUGCCUUCACCGGCUCUGUUCACAUGCGAUGCAACAGGUCUUCAUUGGCGCGAUCCCUCGACAUGCAAACCUCCCGCCACAUACACGGACACUUUAAGACUCAUCAUCCAAAAGAGGAUAUCAAAACUAGGUCAUCUUUACCCAAUCAUGUUUCUCAAUCUCGAGAAAGAUACUCAAUAG